CGUCCAGGGCGAGGUGGUGCACGGCGAGGGCGCCGUCAGCUACAGCAACACGCUGCUCGGUAACAAGGCGGUGCCGCACCAGCCGACCCAGGGCGUCAACGUGGUCAACGUGGUGAGCAGCUCGGCCAUCAACGGCAGACCCAUCUACGUGCCGCCGCUGCAACAGUCCUCGCUGAGCGCGCCGUCCGGGCCCUCUGGCCCGCCCGCGGGCUACCAGCCCCUGCCAACGCCCCAGGCCCUGGUCGGAUCGCCGUCGCCCAGCUACACCUUGAGCGUGGUGACCGCUGCGCCCUCUGCCGGCCCCGUCGUGGUGAGCACCACGCCGUCGUACGUAGUCCGAACGCCCCACUCCAUCUUCGGCAGCGGCAGCACCACAAAGAGCGAGUUCGCGCUGGGCCCGUCCGCACUGCAGCGCAAGCCGCCCAAGGCCGCGUCCGCCGUGCUGCACAUCAACGACGGCACGGACUUCGCGUGGCAGGACGUCGGCAACGGCGUGGAGGUGUCGGCGCCCAUCACGCCCAACGGCCUCCGCGGCGGCUACCGGGACAGCAUCCCCAUCAUGGAGGACACGGACGAUGACUCGCCCGCCGUGCCGUUCGAGGCCAGCACCGCGGCUGGGCUCCACGCCGCCGCGCCGACGGGCUCCACCCUGUCCCCCUUCAACCACGACUACGUGCUGAGCCACACCUCGCAGUUCGAUCAGAACAACGCUCUGUACGGCGGCGCGGAGAGCGGCCGUGUCGAGGUGCCGUCCAACCACCUCCCCGACGACCCACCCGGCCUGUCGGCAAGGCCGUCCUCCAAACCGGACCCCUUCCGCGGAUUCACGUCCAGCUCCUUCGCAGACUUCAUGCGCGCGUACUCAUCCACCGGCAGGCAGCCGCACUCCGCCAGCGGAGGGCCGCCCUUCGCGUCCUCGUCGUUCGACAGCCCGCCCGACACCGUUCUGGGCAGCAAGCUGGUGCAGGGCCAGGUGUACUACCUGCCCAGCGACACGCCCGGCGGCCAUCCCAUCCCCGCCGUCAUCAUGCCCCUGUCCAGGCUGAGGGAGCUGCACGCGGCCCUGCCGAGCGGCAAGAAGCCCGUCUACAACCUGCCGCCCGACGCCAGCCCCGCCCCCGACGCCCCGUUCAAAUCGCCGUCCUUUGCCGACUUCCCGUUCAAGUCCUUCGGGGACGCCCCGUUUAAGUCCUCCGUCUUUUCGGAAAGUCCCUUCAAGUCCGAAGCGCCGUUCAAGACGUCCCAGUCACAAUCCUCGUUCCCGUCGCUGCCUGACUCCCCUUUCAAGGGUCCGCCGUCCUCGUUCGGCGGUGACCACCGUGGCCCCCCGCCCUCCAAGUACCGUCCGUCGUCGCCCUUCAAGGGCAAGGACCCCUUCUUCAAGCAGAGCGGAGGCUUCCCGCGGCCCCAGCCCCACCACCUCAGCGGCUUCUCCAAGCCUCACGGCCUGCGCUUCGGCCCGAGCCCCAGCGGUCCCAGCCCCACCGGCAGCAGCGUCAAGAUCACCAAGAGCGUGCCCGUCUUCGAGGAGCACCAGACGUUGUCCAAGCACCCGCACCAGCCGCAGCACCAGGGCAGCAGCCCGGUCGCGGCGGCCGCCGAAGAACCCAACCCCGCGCUGCAGUGGCCGCCCAAGGAGUCUGUGGACGUGCAGACCUACUACAUGCCCAUCGAGCAGUACGACGGUCUCAAGGGCAACCCGUUGGUGUCCUCCGGCCACCGGCCUAGCUUCCACCACGGCCAUCCCCGCGGACCCCCCACCCUUCACCGCGAGGUGCGCAGGCCGCCCCCGCACCGGCCCGUCCGCGCACACCUACCGUCGCCCCAGCCGUCCGCCGCGCCCAGCCACCACCACCACAGCCACGGCCAGCUUGAGCCGGGGGCCUUCGCCGUGUCGUCGUCCUACAGAGUGCGGCCCUCGGGCUGAGCAGCGCCGGGCCGGCAAGCGGGAGAAUGACAAGUGCCAAUAGUGCCAACUGUGAAUAGCUAAGCGAAAACUAAACUGUUUUCCUGUGUACAUUUGUGGUCAGCUGGGGCUUCAAGUCUGGUACUACCGGAGCAGAGGACAAAGCUUUAUUUAUUAUUUGGGCUGAAUGGCUGAAUUUUUGUGUAACAUAAGAAGGGAUGUCCACUGGGGUGCCCAACAACGUCACCGAUCGGCUUUUAGAUUGGAGGCCAUGCUCUGCGGUGCCUUCAACACGAUCUAAAAGCCCCUCCGUGUUGCUGAAGGGUGCGUCUUCCGUGGGUUGGGUUGGAUCAAAAAGAGUGUUGUCUAGUUUUAGUGGCGUUAAAUAUGGCUAGUGAUAAGUAUUUAUUUUGUUAUUUUGUACUUUAUUCUUUGAAUUAAAAGAAGAUCGUUGGUCCGUUCUUGAAAGUGU